AUGGAAUCAUUGUUUAACUUACACACCCUAUUGCCGCAAAUGAAGACCAAGUUAAUGUCGGGAACGAAAAGUGCACAGAUAUGGGUUGCGGAGCAAAUGUUAAAGUACUUGCAAGAAACAAUCGAAUCAAAGAAAGAAACCCUUAUAAAGGAAUUCGUUAAAUGUGAUAUAAUCUCUACCAUGUGUGAUACAAUGCAAACGAUUUAUUCUUCAGAUGAAAAUUUCAUAAAAAUCCUUCUCGAGUGUCUUGAUAUUAUGAGUGUUUAUAAAGAGUUCUACAAAAAUCAUACGGCCAUGAGUGCUAUAACAUCAAUGUUAAGAAUUAGUUACUGUGUGUACACACCACUUAAAGACACGAUAUUGCUUGAGCAGAUUGUGCAAGGCGUCUGUAAUAUUCUUGUUAGAUCAUUAAAAUUAGCUAUAGAUUUCGACACUGUCUGUGUUCCACAACAGAUUAUAUUUUUCAUAAAGCACCUGGAUAUUCAAAAUUCGCGCAAUGAUAAAAUGAAAUUUAUAAUUAUCGCGAUAUUAAGUGUUGUUCUGCAACAAGUAAUUAUCGAUGAAAUCGACGAUGUAGAAGUAAUGAUUGACGUCUCUUGCGAAGCAUUAAAAUCAAUGAUAGAAAUUGUCAAGUACGGCGACGAUGAUAACACGAUCUUAGGCGGUACUGUUUUAUUAUGCAGUACUUGUGCCGGUGGUUCUCGGCUUUGUUUUGAACAAAAAAAUCAAAAGUCUGAUAUUGCCCAAAAGAAGAAGAAUUUGUUAAUUUGCAUUUAUGAUACUAUAAUGAAUAUAAUUAUACCAUAUGUCAAAGAUACAGACUUGUCUCGCGUAGAUUCAAACGAGUUUCACAAGAACUUCAUCUUCUGUUUAAACAAUCUGUAUCAAUUAGAAAAGUGUCAUCAUGAUAAUCUGUCGAAUCAUUUGGUUGCUAAUGGUUAUCUGAAAUACUUCUUGCUUUUGACUCUUGAGUUUCCGAAAAAUUUGCAAAGAAACAUUUGCGUAUUACUAUCGCAGAUCUUGAGUAUUCUUAGUAAAAAAGGAUUUUCAAUCAAAGACAAGAAUGAGUUUGCAUAUAGUUUACGCAAAGAUUUUCUUGACUUAAUAUCGAAAGAUUUGACGAAAGAGCAAUGGAACGAUGCUGUAGCAUCGUAUCGUAGAAAUGAUGGAACAGCUUUGCUGAUUUUAUUAUAUUACCAUUUUCUAGGCACUGGAAAAAACGAUAUGAUAUCUUUGGAAUCAUUAAUUGCCAGAAUCAUGCAUUUUUCAAUAGUUAAGCAUGUCUCAAUUUUGGUUUUAAAACCUUUAUGGUUCCUAUUUGCUGUGACAGCUAUGUCUCACCAGACCCUUAAUUCGAUAUGUAAUUAUGAAAAUGCAGUUAUUAAAUUAGCAAAUAUCCUGCAAAAAUUAGAGAUCAGCAAGUUUUAUACCCAUCACAUCGAUCUUUUACAUUAUUGUCUUAAAUGCCCAAACAUUUCGCAGAGUUUAUUGAGUGAAGUUUUAAAUUUAUGGUUGAUAGAAUCUGAUGGUGAUAUCAUGCCAUUAUUAUCAAUCAAUUGUGACAUAGUGGUUCGCCAUUUAUUGGUUGUGAUACGAAAUGGUUAUCCCAAACAUGUUGUUAAUGUAGCUAUGAAAGGACUCCGUCAUCUAAUUCAAAUUGAUAAAAAAGACAAACAUAUUGUAGAACAAAUUGCGGAAACUGUGUGGCAUGUGCUACCCAACAUACUUUCAUCAUAUCAUUCAGAUACUGUUGCACAUAUAGAGGCAGCUUUGGAAUUAGCCAAUAUUACUCAACCAUACAUAAUACCGAUUGAUGUUAUAAUGCGCAGCGCUUAUAAUAUUGUUGAUAUUAUAUUAAAGAAGAAUACAAAUUCAAAAUUUAUGACUUUAGUUAUAACGCAAGCACAUGUUUUGCUGGUUUCCGCUAUAUCACACAAGUCAUUUAAAGUGCUUCAAAUAUAUAUACAAGAAGCGAUGUUAUUAAAAGAAUUGUACGAUUAUGGAUUUUCAGAAGAAAGAUCGGAAUUGUCCAUGAUUACUAUAAAAUUGCUCACGUUUAUUAUUCAUUGCCAAGAAAAAUCAUCGAUAGAGUGCGAACAGCCACUCAAGAUUCACAUAAAAAGUUUAGUUGAUCUCCUAUCAUAUGCGAGAAAAUCGUCAAAUUAUAUAAUAUAUGAAAUGCUAUUUAUAUGCGAACUUUUAAAACAAAAUAUUGAUAAAGCGGCUAUUGUUUUGCAAAAAAUUUCUGAUAAUGAUAUAAAUAUGGUUAUUUAUCUCUACGAACUUUUCCAUAUCAUUCAUGCAAUGAAACAUGAGCCACAACGAAACACGACAUAUCAAAGUUUAGUGGUUUUAUUACAUUUUUGUAAAACUAAAGUAACCACUAAUAAACCGCUACUACCUCAUAUUUGUAACGUAAUGAGUAAUUAUAAUCUCAUUCUUAAUGUCACAAGGAUGCAAUAUGCAUCGUGUCAGUUUGUCGAAUUCGUUACUACAUGGCUUCAUUAUCGCAAAGCAACUUGCAACGAUGUAUUGUGGAAUUCUAGAUCGCUGUGUAAAACACCUUUUGAUCAUGUUUUGGAUCAUCUUAAGGAAUAUUCUGUGAUGUUAUAUAACAAAGGAUUCAAAGAUGCUCAUCAGAGUCUUCAAUGUGUAGUAAGAGGGUUUUAAAACUUCUAAAAUAAACU